AAGUCUAUAUAUAAAUAUAUAAAACCCAGAACCGGAAAGCCAUUGAAAUCCUCGGUUUUAUUUUGCCCUCUCUACAAGCUAACCUCUGAAAAACCCGAACCUUCUCUUUCUCAAUCUUUUCGAUCCUCGAAGCACACAAGCUCUGCAGCCAUGAUUACAGUGAGUGUUAAAUGGCAAAAGGAACUGUUUAAAGCUGUGGAAAUCGACACUACUCAGUCCCCCUAUUUAUUUAAAUGUCAGCUGUACGAUCUAACAGGGGUACCUCCUGAAAGACAGAAAAUCAUGGUCAAAGGUGGUUUACUGAAGGAUGACGCAGAUUGGUCAACACUAGGUGUAAAAGAGGGUCAAAAGUUGAUGAUGAUGGGAACAGCAGAUGAGAUUGUCAAGGCUCCAGAAAAGGGUCCUGUUUUUAUGGAAGAUCUUCCAGAAGAAGAACAAGCCGUUGCUGUGGGUCAUAGUGCUGGUCUAUUUAAUUUGGGGAAUACCUGUUAUAUGAACUCAACUGUGCAAUGCCUGCAUUCUGUUCCAGAGUUGAAGUCAGCUUUGAUCAAGUAUUCACAUUCUGGAAGAAGCAAUGAUGUGGAUCAGACUUCUCAUAUGUUGACAAUUGCAACGCGCGAUUUGUUUAAUGAACUGGAUAAAAGUGUUAAGCCUGUGGCACCCAUGCAAUUUUGGAUGGUCUUACGGAAAAAGUAUCCCCAGUUUGGUCAACUGCAUAAUAAUUACUUCAUGCAACAGGAUGCUGAAGAGUGUUGGACACAACUUUUAUACACCCUUUCUCAAUCUUUGAGAUCGUCUGGUUCUAGUGAAAAUCCAGAUGCAGUUAAAGACCUAUUUGGUAUUGAACUUGUAAGCAGGGUGCAUUGCCAAGAAAGUGGUGAAGAAAGCUCAGAAACAGAAACAGUUUAUUCCCUUAAAUGCCACAUAUCACACGAAGUGAACCAUUUGCAUGAAGGUCUAAAGCAUGGUUUAAAAUCAGAGUUGGAGAAGAAUUCUCCUUCUUUGGGGCGUAGUGCAAUUUACUUGAAGGAGGCUCGUAUCACUGGCCUGCCAAGGUACCUGACCAUUCAGUUUGUUCGUUUCUUCUGGAAGAGGGAAUCAAAUCAAAAAGCCAAGAUUUUGCGGAAAGUAGAUUAUCCUUUGGAGUUGGAUGUUUAUGAUCUGUGUUCAGAAGAUCUUCGCAAGACCUUGGAAGCUCCUCGACAGAAAUUAAGGGAUGAGGAAGGUAAAAAGCUUGGUUUGAAAGCCACCGGCAAGAGUUCUGGAUCUAGUUCGAGUGAUAACGAUGUCAAGAUGUCUGAGGCAGAGGGAUCUUCAAAUGGUAGUGGAGAAACAUCUAAAGCUACAUCUAGUGAAGGUGUUUCAUCUGAGAAGGAGACACAAGUGACUGGAAUUUAUGAUCUGGUUGCUGUGCUGACACACAAGGGUCGUAGUGCUGACUCAGGACAUUAUGUUGCAUGGGUCAAGCAAGAAAAUGGGAAAUGGAUCGAGUAUGAUGACGAUAAUCCCAUCCCACAGCGGGAGGAAGACAUUACAAAACUGUCUGGAGGAGGUGAUUGGCAUAUGGCCUAUAUCUGCAUGUACAAGGCCCGCGUUGUCCCUAUGUGAUCUGCCUCUUCAUUUAAAUCAAAUUAGCGAUAUUACUAGUUGUGAUUUAUAAUCAUAGACAGGGGACGUUUUUAAUGGUUGAUUUGACAGCUUUGAAAUUGGACAGAAUCAUUUGACUUGAUCAUCGUUAUGUUGUAUACUAUCGCCGUUGGUUUUCAAA